CGUCGGAUCGCGGGCUCAUCACAAUUGCAACUCUCGCUAGGUUUAGCUCCGCCGUGUGCCGGACUUCUAAAGUUCCCUGCAGCAUCGUGGCCAGUGUGUCCUGUUAAGCCCGAACCCAUUACAUCUUACAAAUCUCGCCGAAGGCCGCCCUGCCUUCCCAUACGCCCACACGCAAAGUCGCUCACCACUGGUGGACAGCCGCGUCUGCUUCCACGUCAAUUUCAUUCGUUCUUCACGUCAACCGAAAGACUUUUUGACGACAGAAAUCACGCUGCAUCAGCCGCAGUCCGCUCUCUCGGCGCUGCUGCGCUCACCAUUCAUCAGCAGUCUCCUUGUCGACCCUAUGCCGUCCUGCGCGAGAUAACAUCGUCAAAACGUGCGAGUCGCGUCUUGCCGCACGAUUCGAUACCAUCCCGUCUGUUUGGUAACCUCGGCCAGGCAACGCGACGUUCAAAAUGGUGGUCAUUGAGGAUCCCGAGAUGUUGUCCGCGGAGCGCACCAACCCAAUGAAGCGCAUGCGAUGGGCAACUCAACGCAUACCAGGCAAGAAGGGCCUACAAAAGCGCAAGUCGAUAUUCAAACGGCAUGCGGCGCGGAUGAGCUCUGGGUCUACCAACGUAGAUCCUGCCGUGCUUGAACACAACGAAACAAGGGCAGAAGAGAUCGCAAAUGACGAACCCAUUGAAGGACAAGCCCCAAGGACUAUCUACUUCAAUCAGGAUCUACCGAAUGAGGUGCGAGAUGAGGACGGCAGGCCACUGCAGCACUUCAAACGAAACAAAAUCCGCACUGCCAAAUACACACCUUUGAGCUUUGUGCCUAAAAACCUAUGGUUUCAACUACAUAAUAUCGCCAACGUAUACUUCAUCUUUAUCGUCAUCCUGGGAAUUUUUUCCAUCUUCGGUGUCACUAAUCCUGGUUUAUCUGCUGUGCCCAUCAUCGUCAUUCUGGUCAUUACGGCCAUCAAGGACGCAAUCGAGGACUGGAGAAGAACUGUUCUGGAUAAUGAGUUGAAUAACGCGCCGGUGCACCGACUUGUAGACUGGGUCAAUGUCAAUGUUGCCGAGGAACAGAUUGGCACGUGGCGGAAAAUAAAAAAGGCCAGUUCAAAAUUUGUCCUCUUCGCAUACCGAUUCUUCAAGGCCAAGCAAGAAGAGCGGCUCGCGAAAAAGGGCAAAGGGAAACAAGGACAAGAUCGCGCCUUGGAUGCAGCACUUUCCAGAGACGAGCCACGGCCCAGCCACAUUGGCCGUCGAUUGGACAAUGAGGUCGAUGACGACGACGACGACGAUGACUUCCAUGCCGGACAGCAUGCGGACGGCGACAUGGAAAUGACACCCGUGUCAUCGCCGACCCCUGGACAGACCGCGCAAACGCCCUACAAAAGCCCUGGUGUCGACGAGAUUGACAUUGAGGGCUCAGGCAACGGUCACCUUCAAAUGGCUGAAGUACCCGUGCCGGAUGCUGGCAGAAAAGUUGAACAGCUCCCGGUGCUGAAGAAGGAUCAUGGUAGCCUGAUUGAUCCAAGUCGCAAGGCAACAGAUCAAGCGCGCUUCAAAAAGGAUUUCUGGAAAAAUGUUCGAGUUGGUGAUUUUGUGCGGCUUUACAACGACGAAGAAAUCCCCGCAGAUGUCAUCGUACUGUCGACGAGCGAUCCAGACGGUGCUUGCUACAUCGAGACAAAAAACCUAGACGGAGAGACGAAUUUGAAAGUCCGUACCGCCUUAUACUCGGGUCGCAGAGUCAAGCGAGCACGAGACUGCGAACGCACAAAUUUCCUGCUUGAGAGUGAGCCCCCUCACGCCAACCUUUAUGCGUAUUCUGGUGUGGUCAGAUGGAACCAACGCGACCCGAAGAAUCCUCAUGCAGCACCGACCGAGAUGGCCGAACCUGUCAGUAUUAACAAUAUGCUUUUGCGUGGCUGCACAGUCCGCAACACUGAGUGGAUCCUGGGCAUUGUCGCCUACACUGGAGAGGACACCAAAAUCAUGCUCAACUCUGGCAUCACACCCUCCAAACGACCGAAGAUCAUGCGAGAUCUAAACUGGAAUGUGUUAUACAAUUUCAUUAUUCUAUUCAUCAUGUGUAUUGUCGCUGCUGUGGUCUCGGGCACGACUUGGGGUAAAGGCAACGAAUCUCUGAACUACUUCGAGUACGUGACAACUGCACCUGGAUUGAAUGGCUUCAUCACCUUCUGGGCUGCUGUCAUCUUAUUCCAGAACUUGGUCCCGAUCUCGCUCUACAUCUCUCUCGAAAUCGUGCGCAGCGUUCAAGCGUUCUUCAUCUACUCGGACAGUUACAUGUACUACGAAAAGAUCGAUUACCCAUGUACGCCAAAAUCCUGGAACAUCUCGGACGAUCUAGGUCAAAUCGAGUACGUUUUCUCCGACAAGACUGGAACCUUGACACAGAACGUGAUGGAGUUCAAGAAAUGUACAGUCAACGGGCAGCCGUAUGGUGAAGCCUACACUGAGGCAUUGGCUGGCAUGCAGAAGCGUAUGGGCAUCAAUGUUGAAGAGGAAGGCGCCAAGGCACGAGUGCAAAUCGCUCAAGACCGCGCCGCCAUGAUUGAGCGGAUCCGGCAAAUGCAUGACAAUCCCUACCUGUGCGACGAACAGUUGACAUUCGUAUCUUCUAGCUACAUUGCCGACCUCGAUGGGGAUUCUGGUCCUGAGCAGAAAGCUGCUAAUGAGGAAUUUAUGCUUGCUCUGGCGCUGUGUCACAGUGUCAUCACAGAAAGGACCCCUGGCGACCCUCCGCGGAUCGAGUUCAAGGCGCAAAGCCCCGACGAAGCCGCGCUGGUGGCAACUGCCCGGGAUUGCGGUUUCACUGUCACAGGUCGAUCGAACGACGGAAUCAUCGUCAAUUAUCUUGGACAUGAGCGCGAGUAUCAAGUGCUGAACAUAUUGGAGUUCAAUUCCACACGAAAGCGCAUGAGCUCCAUAGUGCGCAUGCCUGACGGCCGCAUCAUGCUUUACUGCAAGGGAGCCGACAGUAUCAUUUAUUCCAGGCUUAAGAAGGGUGAGCAGCCUGAACUACGAAGAACGACCGCAGAGCAUCUAGAAAUGUUUGCACGUGAAGGUCUACGGACCCUGUGUAUUGCUCAGAAGGAGCUGGAUCCUAUGGUGUACAAGGAGUGGGCCGAAGAACACGAGCUGGCGGCUGCCGCGGUGACUGACCGAGAAGAAAAGCUGGAGGAAGUUGCCGAUGCUAUUGAGCGUGAUCUCGUCCUUCUGGGAGGAACAGCUAUCGAAGAUCGACUACAGGAUGGUGUCCCAGACACGAUCGCCCUCCUCGCUGAGGCUGGCAUCAAGCUUUGGGUCCUGACAGGUGACAAAGUGGAGACCGCCAUCAACAUUGGCUUCUCUUGCAACCUACUCGGUAACGACAUGGACCUGAUCGUGCUCAAGACUGAAGAUGAUGAUAUUGAUCUUGCCGAGGAUGAGUUGGAUAAGCAUCUUCUUUCCUUCGGCAAGACUGGCUCGGACGAAGAGCUCAAGGCCGCCCGGAAAAACCACGAGCCACCAGCACCUACCCAUGCUUUGGUCAUUGACGGUGACACUCUCAAAGUCAUGCUUGAUGACCGCUUGAGGCAGAAAUUCCUGCUUCUCUGCAAAGAAUGCAAAUCAGUCCUAUGCUGUCGUGUCAGUCCUGCACAAAAGGCUGCGGUCGUCGCGUUGGUCAAGACUACAUUGGACGUCAUGACGCUCUCCAUUGGUGACGGCGCGAACGACGUGGCCAUGAUUCAGGAGGCCGACGUAGGAGUCGGCAUUGCAGGCGAAGAGGGUCGACAAGCAGUAAUGAGUUCCGACUACGCCAUUGGCCAAUUCCGCUUCCUGGCCAGACUCCUUCUGGUCCAUGGUCGCUGGGAUUACAAGCGCAUGGCAGAGUGUAUCGCCAACUUCUUCUACAAGAACAUCAUCUGGGUGUUUGCUCUGUUCUGGUAUCAAAUCUACGCGAACUUCGACUGCUCUUACGUCUUCGACUACUCAUAUAUCUUGCUCUUCAACUUGGCAUUCACAUCUCUGCCGAUCAUCUUCCAGGGUAUCCUCGAUCAAGAUGUCGAUGACAGAGUUGCGCUCGCCAACCCACAACUCUACCGUCGCGGAAUUGAGCAAAAGGAAUGGACGCAACUGAAGUUCUGGUCGUACAUGAUUGAUGGAUUGUACCAAUCUGUCAUUGCAUUCUACUUCACCUACUUCAUGUUCGAUCAAGCGACCUUUGCCACCUCAAACGGUCUCAACAUCAAUGAUUACAAGCGACUCGGCGUUUACAUCGUCAACCCGAUUGUGGUUGUAGUCAACGUGUACAUUCUCAUUAAUACCAACCGAUGGGACUGGUUCAUGUUGUUGAUCACGGCCAUUUCGAUUUUGCUCAUCUGGGCCUGGACUGGCAUCUACACCCUUUUCGACGCCGGCUUCACCUUCUUCCACGCAGGAUCACAGGUCUACGGCGAAUUGUCCUUCUGGGCGCUAUUACUACUUACCGUCAUCACGUGCUUGCUGCCACGCUUUGCAAUCAAAGCUUUCCAGAAGAUCUACAUGCCCUACGACGUCGACAUUGUGCGGGAACAAGUUCGACAAGGAAAAUUUGACCACCUCAAGGACUUGGAUAUGGACAAGAUCAAUUUUGCGUCGGAGAAGAUGACGAACUCUCUGACCUCGUCCGAGAUAACCAAGGCGGAGCAUAUGCGGUCCUCUUCAGGAGAUCAGCGGCCUAUUGACGAAGACAUGAAGCCCAUCUACCCGCCUUCAGUCGCCCCGACAGCGACCACCCACAACCCCCGCAGCCACAAUGGUAGCGACGGGACAGAAUAUACCAAUCAUCGCGCAAGCCUCGCCGAGCUUGACCGCGCAUUCCCUCUGGUUAUCAGUACCACUGCUCCAACAGGUCCCAACGCUGUCAGGGACGAGUACAGGACAGAAACCACCCCGGUACGACCCAGCAUGGACCGAUUACGGCCCAGUUUCGAUCGGUUAAGGUCCAGCAUGGACCGCACGCGCGCCAGUUUCGAAGCGAGCAACGACUUCACUUCGGCGGCGGCGUUGUCCCGGGUGGAGAGCAGCCACUCAAACAUUGUCACCGCCAGUAGCCGGCGGCAAGACAUUAGCGAUGAUUUACGGUCGUAGUCUCAGCAGAAUUGUGUAUUUUUGGCUUUUUAAUCCUGCACCCUCGUUCCCGGUCCCAUUUUCGUUACCCCCAACUUUGUACAGGCUCCCUCUCGUUCUUUUUGUGCAUUUAGAAAAAGGAGUUUUCUUUUGAAUUUGUAUU